AUGGAAGAAAGUGUUAUUGGUAUUUGGUGUGGAAAAGAAAUUAAAGAAAAAAGUAUUAAAAUGAAAGAAGAAGAAACAGAUGGAAUGGUAUUAUAUAUUGGGAGUUGUAUUAGAAUUAUUCUUUCAAAUUCUAUUCUUGAAAUGGGAAUAGAACAUAAUUGUUUAAGUGUAGAACAAAGAGAAAAUUCAUUUAAAAUACAUUUUGAUAAACUUUAUAUAUUUAACCAUAUACCAGGAAUAUAUGGUAUUAUAGGUUUACCAUUAGUUCUUAGUGUUAAAAAAAGUGGUUGGAGAGUUCCAAAUUUUGUUUAUCGUUCUAUUCAAUGUCUUCGUAAACAUGAUGCAAUUCAUACUCAAGGAUUAUUUAGAUUAACAUGUAGUAUUGGUGAACUUAAACCAUUAAAAGAAAUAAUAGAUUUAGAUAAAGAUAUUGGAAGUAAUUUCAGUGAUGAUUGUAUUGUUAUUGGAACAUUACUAAAAAGUUGUUUAAAAUUAAUGAUAGAACCAGUUAUUCCUUUUAAUAAAGCAAUAGAAUUUAGUCAAUUGAAACAAAAUUCAAAUCCUAAACAAUUUAUUAAUUCAUUACCUAUUCCAAAUCAAGACACUCUUUAUUCUUCUUCAAUUUUUACAAGAAAUUUGCUCUAA